CCGCCGCCCGCCUCCGCGCUGAACCGCCCGCUCCUGUUCGCCCUGCAGCCGCGCCUGGGCCCUCCAAGCCCUUCACCCCGCCAAGCUGAGCUUCGGGGCAGCGGCGACGCCCGCGCCAACCACGGAGUUCUCUCCUUCGAACAAGGUGUUCGCACUGUGCCCGCGGCGCCCGGGGCAGGAGCCGGCGGCCGCCGCCCCGCCGCGCUCGGCCCGCUGCCCCUGGCGCCUGCCCCCGCCGCGGCGCCCAGCGGAGCAGCGCCCCGCCCGCGCCCCGGCCCCGGCCCGGCCACGCCGGCGCCUGCCACCGGCGCGGCGCCCUCCUCGCGCCCGCCGCCUCCCCCGCGGCCCUCUCCCGCGCCAUCGCCCGCCGCGUCGCCCGCGCCCUCGCCCGCCGCCUCGCCCGCCACCGAGCUGCCCCCGGACGACAAGCCCAAGACGCCCAGCACCGCCGAACGACGACGCAUCUUCGAGCAGGUGACGCCGGUGUCUGAGACGGCGCCGCGGCCGGUGACGGUGUGCGUGGCGGACGAGGACGACGCGCCGUCAGCUCACUGUUACGAUGGGCGCUUCCACACGGCGGCGGGGCGUGAAAUAAAAGCUCUUUAUGCUGCGUUUGUACCUCCUCGCCCCGGGGUGCGGGCGGUUAUAGGAGAUGGGCGCGUGUCCAAGUUCCGCCACCUGAAGGGCACGCCGCUGCACAAGUCGACGCACAUCGAGAACGUGCGCAACGUGAGCCGGCAGGUGAGCGGCGAGUGCGACGGCUUCCGCGCCAACGCGGCGCGCGCCGCGCUGCCGCUGGCCGGCGCCGGCGGCAAGGUGGCCGUGCUGGAGCUGGCGCGGCCCGGCCGCCUGCCCGACGGCGUCACGCCCGCGCUCGUGCACGGCGCCGCCAAGUCAUGUGCUAUUUUCACUUUGCCUCGUGCACUUUUUGUGCUUCUCUACAAUCCUUGGGGAAAUGGAGUAUUAGGAAAAAUCAUGACGUGCGACGACGGCGCCAUCCGGCUGUGGCGCGUGCCGCCGGGCGGGCUGGCGGCGCCCACCAACGAGCCGGAGACGACGCUGGUGGCGUCGGCCGACAAGCUGCUGUGCCUCGCGUGGCACCCGCUGGCGGCCGACGUGCUGGCCGUGGCGGCGUUCGACGCGACGGUGCGCGUGUGGGACCUGGCGGCGGGCGCCGAGCGCGUGUCGCUCACCGGCCACGGCGACCAGACUGUAUCCAAGACUCGUCUAACCCUUGAUUGCGAUCACGCCCUCGCAAUUAUCUUUUCCCGUGGCUUCGACCACGCCCUCGUCUGCGCCCGUGGCUUCGACCAAGACCUCCUUUUCCUCUUUCUUUUUUCCUCCUUUCUUUUUGUCCUCUCCUUUCUUUUUUCCUCGCGUUCGACUUUUGAAGUGCUCCCACAAACGGCCUUAUCUUUGUUGUUGGAUUUGACUUUGCCGUCGACCUCGUGGUUGCCCAUUCCCAAGCCCUUUGUCUCGUUGCUUCUGUACCCUGUCUGUGCGCUUAACCUCAUACAAUAUCCACUCAGAGUUAUUUUGGCUUCUCCUUUUCCUCUGAUUACCUUGCCUUCCCCCGCUGUCAGUGACCUAUGCAUCGUCUUUUCUUUGACCCCAACGCGUAGUCCGUACCUCUUCCUUCGGCCUUAUUCUUAUUUGGAUCUCCGAUCCCAACACAAUUUGAUC